AUGGCCUGCUCAAGAAAGCUAGUCCGGAUAGAUGUCCACAGCGGACAUCUCGAAGCCGCCGCUGAAACCGAAUCACCCGUGGCAUAUCACAAAGCGUGGCAUCAAGUGUACACCGCGGAUGGUGUGUUGGUGCCUGGCGGCUUUGGUGUACGCGCCUGUGAGGGAAUGAUUUCCGCAAUCAAAACCUGCCGUGAGAAGAACACCCCUUUCCUCGGCAUAUGUCUUGGUCUACAGCUUGCCGCGAUCGAGUUUGCAAGAAACAAGUGUGACUUGCCCCAAGCGGACAGCACCGAAUUUAACAGGGACGCGGCCGUUCCUCUAAUCAUCGAAAUGCCUGAGAUAGACAAGACUACCAUGGGCGCUACCAUGCGUUUAGGAAACCGUGCGACUCACUUUUUACCAGGCUCUGAAUGGUCAAAGAUCUAUAAUCUCUAUCGGAACGAUCCUGGCUCCUCGAUGCCUACUGCAAACGGUACUUCCCCGUCUGAUGCCUCGAACGGCCACGUCACAUCUUCAGCCACCAAAGACAUUCCAAACAACAAUCCUACCGCGAACGGCACUGCGGUACAAGAGCCUUCCACAACAUCAGAUCCCAGUCCUCUAAUCAUCAAUGAACGUCACCGUCACCGCUGGGAAGUCAACCCUGCUUACGUUGAAAAGUUGGAGAGCGCUGGCAUGAACUUUAUCGGACGCGAUGACAGUGGCAAACGGAUGGAGAUUCUCGAACUCAAAGACCAUCCAUUUUUCGUUGGAGUUCAAUUCCACCCAGAGUAUUUGUCAAGAGUCUUGAGGCCCAGUAAGCCGUUCCUCGGAUUUGUGGCUGCGAGCGCAGGUGUCUUGCCUGAGAUCAUGAACGGCAAAGGGAGAAGGGCUAGCUCGAUGGGAGAUGGGGAGCCGUGA